AUGGCAGAGGCUGAGUCCGCCUCCACACCUUACAUCGAAGAUGAUUUCUACUGUCCGAUCUGUAGAGAAGUUUUCAAGAUACCAGUUCGGGUUGCUGCCUGUCAGCAUGUUUUCUUAAACAGUGAGACAACCACCUCUGAAAAUGCCGAGGCUUAUCUAGAAGACAAUACAAUCCCAUCUGAUCAGCCUUCUUUUCAUUGUCCUCUGUGCAAAGCAAACAUGACCAGACAGUGUUUGCAUUGUAACAGCAACCACAGAGCUCAUAUUGUUCCAGCCAUUUGCCCAAGUUGUCUGUCUCUUCUAUGGGGUGACCCUACUCAACUUGCCAGAAAUUUCAUUAGUCAUCUAAGUGAGAGACAUCAAUUUGAUUAUGGAGAUCUGAUGAAUCUGUAA